ACAGCAGUGAGAGAAGACCCCAGCAACAUGGAGUUUGUAAUGAUGAAGACUGAUGAGCAAUCAGGAGGAAACGAGACCACGGUGUGCAUUGUAGUUGGACAAAAAACAUUAUAUUUUUAUAACUUCCAAGACCCGGAAAAGCCAAUUGAACUAGCAUUUCAAAAAUGCUAUGGGAAGAUAAUAUCUUACAAAUUGUACGGUGAAAAUUAUAUCAUGAUUGGCUUUUCGCUGGGCUACUUCGUGGUGAUUUCAACGCAGGUUCAAGAGAUUGGUCAUGAGAUCUUCCAAGCUUCGGAUCAUAAAGAUUACUUGACCAGCGUUGCAAUAUCUGAAUCACUAAACAAAGCUGCAUCAUGUGGAGAUAACUGCGUCAAGAUUCACAACCUGUCAGAUCUGACGGAGAUAUGUGCAAUCAUAAACUUGGAGGAUGAAAAUAAAGGUCUAGAUCAGCUGUCGUGGACAGACGAUGGACAAUUGUUGGCGGUGUCUACCAAGCGAGGAUUUAUCCACGUCUUCUUAACAAACCUUCCCAUCCUUGGAGCCUCGUACGGCACCCGGAUCGCCUAUCUCACCUCCCUCCUUGAGGUCACAGUGGCCAACUACAUUGAAAGUGAGCCACCGAUAAGAGUUUCUGUUGAAGUGGAGCCCAAUUUUAUCGCCGUGGGGCCCUAUCACUUGGCCGUGGGCAUGAAUAAUCGAGCGUGGUUUUAUGUCCUCGGAGAGAGCAGCUCUAAGGUGGUCUUGGCAGGAACGACCAAAGUUCCCUAUUCCCACAAACCUUUGCUCUUAUACAAUGGAGAAUUAACCUGUCAGACUCACAGCGGGAAAACCAACAAUAUCCUGCUUAAUACUCACACCUUCCUGGGCAUGCUGAAAGACCGGGGCUGCGAUGAAUUGAAGCAAAUGCUAACUCAGACUUUACUUUUGAAAAGGUUUUCAGAAGCUUGGGAGAUAUGCAAAUGUCUGAACCAACCGUUGGGUUGGAACGAGCUCGGCGAGGCCUGCCUUCAUCACAUGGAAGUGGACUUUGCGAUACGGGUGUACAGGACCAACCAAAACGUUGGAAUGGUUAUGUCAUUGGAGCAAAUCAAGAGCAUAGAAGAACACAAUCUUUUAGCUGGACAUCUGGCCAUGUUCACCAAAAACUUUAAUGUAGCUCAGGAUUUAUACCUGGCAUCUUCUUCUCCCACCGCUGCGCUUGAGAUGAGGAGAGAUUUGCUGCAAUGGGAUAGCGCGCUUCAGCUAGCUAAACGUUUGGCCCCGGAUCAGAUCCCCUUCAUAUCCAAGGAGUAUGCUGUGCAGCUGGAAUUCACGGGUGAUUAUGUGAAUGCUUUGGCCCAUUACGAAAAAGGAAUCACAAGCAACAAGAAGAUCUCAAAUCAUUUAAAAACUGAUUGUGCCUUGGAAAUAUUAGAAAAGCUACUGGUCAACUGA